AUGAAAUUUGAAUUAUUACCAAAUGAAAUUUUACUUGAUUACUUUGGAUAUUUUAAUGCAUUGGAUCUCUUUUAUGCAUAUGAUGGAUUAAAUUAUCGUUUAAACAAAUUAAUUCGAAUUUUACCAUUACAUCUUAAUUUUCAAUAUGCAAAUAAAUCAAAAUUUGGUGAAUUUUGUCGAACGAUGUCACUAAAUGAGGAACUGAGGAGUCAAAUCUAUUCAUUACAUUUAUCAAAUCAAGAAACAGAUUUUCAAAUCGAAGCAUUUCUCUCAUUUUUUUCACUUGAUCAAUUUACCAAUCUUCGAUCAUUGUCUAUAACCGAAAUAAACUCCACUGAUAGUACAAAAAUAAAAUUAAUGUUAUCAUCAAUAUCUAAACUACAAACAUUAUCAAUUAUUUCUUCAGACUUUCCAUUCAACACUAUUAAUGAAACAUUAUUAAUUAAAAAUUUAACAAUUUCUUAUUGUUUUUUAAAUGAAUUAUAUCAAUUAUUACAACAUAUGUCUGUAUUAAAAUAUUUAAAUAUUCAAUGUCUUAAUGAUGAUGGAUAUUCAUAUGAUACAAAUAGAUUAAAUAAUACUCCAUGUGCCAUUCAUUUAAAAGAAUUAAUUAUCGGAGAUUUACAAUGUACAUUUAUGAAUUUCAAAAUAUUUGUAAAACAAAUACCAAAUUUACAAAUUUUAACAAUAUUUACAAGAAAAAAUCGUGAUAUGUUUAAGGCUAAUCUAUGGGAACAUUUAAUAAGAAGUUCAUUACCUCAUUUAAUUACUUUUAAUUUUAAUUUUGGUUAUAUUUAUGAUUGCAUUUAUGGUUGUAUUUAUGGUUGUAUUUAUAAACGUUAUUUAUACAAAUAUAUGUUCGAUGGAUUUCAAACUAAUUUUUGGCAAGAACAAUAUAAUUGUUUCACUGAGUAUAUAAAUGAUAAACAAUCAAUAUUUGUUUAUACACUACCUUACAUAUCAAAUACAUUUGAAUUAACACCAAAUACGACAAGAUAUUAUAACACUAUGAUUAAUAAGACCAAUGAAUCUGAUGAUGAAAUCAUAAUCAAAAAACGAAAACAAUCUUCAAAUGAUCAGCAAGUCAAUGAAAAAGGAUAUCAAUACAUAAACAAUGAAUAUAAACAGAUAAUAUCACUUUUAGAUAUACAAAGUAUAACAGAUAUAAAAUUGAAAAAAAGAAAAAGAAUAGAAAGUAACAAUUAUAAUAAAAUCGAUAUUUUUAAAAAUGCCACAGAUUUAACACUACAUUUGGAUAUAUUAACAAAACAAUGUUCAUAUUACUUUUCAAAUAUUACAUCAUUAAGAUUAGUUCCAUCGAUAAUAUUAGGACAGCGUAUGCUUACAAAUCAACAUAUUCAAAUUGUGAAAACAAUUGUGAAUUUAUUUAAUUUAAAACAUUUAAAUAUUGAACGAUUAUAUGGAAUAGAAAAUUCAUUAGUCUUAUUAGAAAUAUUUAAACAAUCACCAAAAUUAUCUUCAAUAACGUUUAUUCCAAAAGCGAUUAUACGAUUAUUUAAUGAUGAUGAAUUAUGUAAGUAUUUAAAUAAAAUGAUAAAAAAAAUAAUUCUAACUGAUUAUUUUGAAUAUUAUGCCAAUAAUUCUGAAAAAAUCAAACAAUUUUGUCAAAUAUUUUCUAAUAUUGAAUAUUU